GCCGAAUUUAAUCGAGUGGGUGCACCGUGAUAAGUGUCGAAGAAAAAAAUCGAGACCAGGACACAACCGGACAGACCUCCGAACCUGAGAGACGCUUAACGAUCUUCAGGUGAAGGAGUAAAAUUGGAAUUUGGGAGGCAAGUACGAGAGUGAAAGAGAAUAAAGACCAGACAAAGGAACCUGAAAAAGAGGAGACAAAGGAACCUGACGAGAAGGACGGAGACAACCGCAACAGGAAAAGACAUCAGGAUUGUAUAUCAGAUCAACGACAAUCUUAUCGCCAUAUUUUCGUAACAUCAUCAAAUUAUAUUACAAUUGAAAUGAGAACUAGAAGUGCCAAAAAAAUGUUGCCGUCUGAAAUGGCGGCAACGGAAGAACCGCCAAGUAAAAAAACUAAAUAUUCCAAACUCCGUAAUAAAAUACCAGAUGAAGAAAUGGAUGUUGAUAUUGAUCCAGACUUAACUCUUCCUGUUGCGAUUAAAAAUGACGACAUCAAAGCAAUUGACUAUUUAUUGAAUAAAAAAAUUGACGUUGACAUUAAUCAAGAGUCUUCUCCACCAGCUCUCCAUUUAGCCGUUGAAACAAAAAACUUGGAGAUAAUUAAUAAGUUAGUUGACCAUAAAGCCGACAUUGGCAUUAUUUAUGAAAAUAAAACAGCUUUGCAUCUUGCUGUUGAACAAGGGAACAAAGCAAUGAUCGAAAUACUUCUGAAAACUAAAAAAAAUAAAAGUAAAGUAAACGCAAGAGCUAAAGGUCAUCCGACACCUCUUAAUGUGGCCAUCAAGUCCGGUAACUUUGAGAUAUUUCAACUAUUGAUAAACUCUGGAGCAUACAUCAAACAAAUUAUUCGUGGAGAUAAUCCACUGCACUAUACAGCCCAAAAUAAUGCUGUCGAAAUAGCUGAGUAUUUAAUUAGCCAAGGAGCUAAAGUUGAUACUGACAUGAAAAAUAAAUUGUCGCCAUUUCAUCAUUGCACACCAUUACACGUCGCCAUUAACUGUGGAAGUUUUGAAGUGGCUCAAUUAUUAAUAAACAAACAAGCCAGCGUUCACGCUAAGACAACAUGGGGUAAAAAACCACUAGACUUAGCGAUCGAAAAAGGCAAUUAUCGGAUAUUCAAAUUAUUAGUUGACUCCGGAGCGACUGUGGAUUUGUCCUACAAAAAUAUGAAUCGAUUACAUUGGGCAGCUUAUCAUAAUUCAUUGGAAAUCGCUCAGUAUUUAUUUUCCAUAGGAGAUGACAUACAUUUUAAUUGUUUCUACAGAUGGUCGGAUUUUUAUCAGUAUACUCCAUUACAUGUGGCUAUUCAGCAAGGAAGUGUCAAAGUUGCUCAAUUCCUUCUUAGUAAAGGUGCUGAUGUUAACAUUUGUGGAAAAAACGGUGAAUCACCGCUUACAAUUGCCAUUGAAAAAAAAAAUUUUAAACUAUUUCAGUUACUGUUAGAUACUGGAGCUGAAAUAAAUGAUUGUCCGAAUAAAAUUUUACCUUUACAUCAAGCUGUCGCUGUAAGUAAUGUCGACGUUACGAAAUUUUUUCUCGAACGUGGAGUUGAUGUUAAUGUAAUAUGUAAAUGUCUAGUAUCUAAAUAUUCAGAUUGCACGCCGCUGCAACUUGCAGUAAGCACAGAAAAUCUGGAAAUCAUAAAUUUAUUACUGAAACAUAAAGCGGAUGUUAAUAUCAGCACUGAAAAAUUAGGAUCACCCACUGGAAUAGCUGUGGAUCGGAAUAAUUAUGAGUUGUACGAGUUGUUAUUAAAAGCUGGUGCAGAUAUUAAUAAACCUUCGAAUAUGACACUGUUACAUAGAGCUGUUGGUGCAAACAAUUAUCGUAUAGCUAAUGAUUUAAUCAAACUCGGUGCAGAUGUUAAUGCAAUUAAUCGAUCUGGAACUUCAAAGUACAGCGGUUGCUCACCGUUACAAAUUUCAAUUAUGAAUGAGAAUAAAAAAAUCGCAACAUUACUUCUUGAAAAACAGGCAAAAGUUGAUGAUGAAAAGUUUGUUAAAACUCCACUUGGUAUCGCUUGUGAGUGGGGUAAUUUUGAAUUGGUCAAGAUACUUGUCAACGCAGGCGCUGACAUUAAUAAAAUUUCUAACCACGCGAUGCCAUUGUAUUGGGCCGUUGAUAAACCAAACUAUCAAAUCGUUAAAUAUUUAAUUGACCGCAAUGCUCAUGUUAAUAUUAUUUAUAACGGUACAACUUUACUCUAUCGCGCUGUAGAAAGUGAAUCUAUAAAAAUAGUUGAAUUUUUGCUUAAAAAUGGUGCCGAAGUUAAUGCAAUUAAUGAUUAUGGUGAAACAUCUCUUACCGUAGCUGUUAAUAAAGAUAAUUUGGAGCUGGUUAAAAUUCUAAUCAAUGCCGGAGCUCAGGUGAAUUUAAGUAAUGACAAAAAUUAUUCACCAUUACACUGGGCCGUUCAGCGUAGCAACUAUAGUACGACUCAAUAUUUAAUCGAACAAGGAGCUGAAAUUAAUAGUAUUCGCUUUGGUACAACGCCACUGACUAUUGCUUGUGACAAUGGAAGAAAAGAUAUCGUUGAGCUUUUGAUUAAAAGUGGAGCUAUCAUCGAUGAUAAAAGGGUAUACAGGACAGCUCUCGGCAUAGCAUGUGAGCAGGCUAAUUUCGAUUUAGUUGAGUUACUAGUAAACUUUGGAGCGAGUGUUGAUCUUCUUUCUGGUAAUGGGACUCCGUUAUGUUGGGCGGUUAAUUCGAAAAAUUUCAACAUUGUUAAGUAUUUAAUUGAUCACGGAGUUGAAGAUAUUGAUGCUCGUUGGCAUGGUACUACUCCAUUGUACUUAGCAAUUGUAAAUCAAGACCUAAAAAUAGUUAAACUCUUACUUGAACACCGAGCUACAGUUAAUAAAGUGAAUAAAAAUGGUACAACAGCUCUUGGAUUGGCUAUUAAGACUAGUAAUUUGGAAUUAUUUGAAUUGAUAUUACAUGCUGAGGGUACAGAUAUAAAUGCACCGUGUCACGAUAAUCGAAGGCCAUUAGAAAUUGUAGCGCAGAAUCACGAUGUAGCUUUGAUGAAGCUUUUAAUUAAUCAUCGAGCUAAUUUUGAUUUUAUAACUAAAGAAAACCUGAAAUUUAUUUUUCAUGUUUUACACGUAGGGAAUAUCGAAAUGCUUAUGCUAAUAUUAUCUGAAAAUGUUGACAUUAAUUGCAGAGAUCUUAAUAAUGAAACACUCUUAUUUUCUGCUAUUAGACAGAGAUCAUUUGAAAAAACUGAACUCAUACUUAUGAGUGAAGAUUUUGUCAAUAUUAAUGAUGUACCCCAGAGCGAGUCUGCGCUUCAUGAGGCUGGUAAAUUCGGAGAUGCAAAUGCGUUUGUAUUGAAUCUUUUAUUAAAUGCUGGAGCUGAUGUUAAUCUUGUUAAUAGAGGCAAUCAAACGGCUAUAAAUACAACAAAUUUUGAGAGAAACAAAAAAAUUAUUAGAGAACACAUAGUAAAAUUGAAGGCCGCCGGUUGGUCUUUAAUCAAUCAAAAUUUAAAGGCAAUCAUCGGAAAAGGAUUGGACGAUUUUUACAUUGAUUGUUUGAAAGAAAUAGAACUGAUGAAAAAUUUUAAAAUUGAUCAGACUAUCAUGAGUUACUACGAUGUUUUGCGUAUUAAUCACCAUGAAAUCGCGGUUAAAUCAAAUAAUUUUAACGAGGGAUCUUUAAAUGAAAAAGAGUUGCAGUUACAAUUCCCUUUGUAUGGUCAGAUAAUUUACUAUCGUUUAUUUAAAAGCUUACAAAGAAAUAAAUUGCUAGACAUGAGCACUAAUGUAUUUGGUACAUUAUUUUCUGGUCAACUUCCGUUCGAUGUUAUAAGAGCAAUUAAUCCUUAUUUAAACAAUAGAGAUCUCAAAAUGUUAUCUCAGUGCUAAAAUUGUAUUUUUUUUUUUCGUUUUUGUUUUUAAUUUAUAAUUCUCCAAAAAAAAAUUUUUCAAAAAAUAAAAUAUUUCUUUAUGUAAAACAAUGUGUGUUUUUCUAAAAUGUCAAAUAAACAAAUCAAUUUGAA